UGCGCAAUAAGUCAACGACCAAUGCGCACAAAGUGUGUUGGGUGAAAGUGAAAUACACAACAGAACAACCUUGGGUUUAGGGUGAGAUCCGUUUGCGUAAUCAGCAGCUACCUUCCUUCCUUCCUUCUCUCUUCCUCCUACCAUACCACGGGUCGGCCUAAAUACCAUACGAGUUUAUCUUCAAUCCUUGUUGGUGGAGAAUUGGGCGAAUAUGGCUUGAACUACUUUGAUCGUUGUGCCUGUCAGCUGCAUUCAAUUUUCACACCGAAGGUUUCUUUCAUGGAUGAUGGUCCUUGGGAAAUAAAGGUUAUUCGUGAUCACUUUUGAUUUCCAACAUCUGGUGUAGAAUCUCUUGAGGACGGAACGCCUUCUAUUACAAAACCUGGAACUGCUAAAUUCUUUGAGGGAGGUAUUGCAUCCUGGUGGAAAAGGGGAAAGAAACCAAUGAUCAGAAAGUCAUUAGGUAUUUGAUUCUAUUUGAAAUCAGCCAUGCAAUAUAGCUUACUUUAGGUCUCAGUGCCAUCUGUGGACUUGAAGAACAUUAAGGGCAGUUUCCAUGUUUAAAUUAUUUACUCUUCGGGGGCUGCCAUGGAGCUUGAGAAGUGGUGGUCAGGAAAAGGUUGAGCUAACAGUUGUUGAAGUAGAGUCACUUCGAUCAGAACUUGCUGAUAUAGAAGAGAGGGAAGCUCAAUUGAAAGCUCAGUUGGAAAAUAUUGAUGAAAUUUUGCGGUCAGCUCGUCUAUCUGGCUAUUUGUACAUUCGAAAAAGAUGGGCAGCACUUCCAGGAGAACCUCCUCCUAUAGAUGAUACUGACGUAGAUGAUUGGCUUCCUCGAUUUGUUGUUCUUCAGGGUGCAUGUCUAUUCUUAUAUUUGUUGUGUACAGAUCUAAGUCCUCAUGACUCAACGCUUCUAUCUGAUAUUGUUGAAGUAGACAAACUACCAAGUUUUAAGCGUGAAGAAGAUGAUGAGACACGAUACGCCUUUUAUAUUUUAACUCGUCAUGGUUUACGAUAUGAAUGUUCAAGCAGUUCCCAGAUACAGGUGGAUUCAUGGUUAUCAGCUUUACACUCCGACUGCAAAUUGGAAACUGAUACAUCAACUCCCAAUGGCUCAAUAGAAUUGUAACACAUUUUACGCCUAGUUUGGUGAGUUUAAGAUAGCUUGAAAGCUAAGAUUGUGUAAAUAUGACACUAAUACCAUUUACUUGUUUUUCUUGUACAUACCACAUAAGAUAGUAGUAAUUGAAUAGAGAGUGAUGAUUAUUGUCACUUACAGCUCAUUCCAGUACUAACUAGAUUGGCCCAUUCGCUAUAAAAACUUUUUAACAUUGCAA